AUGGAAGACGGAAUUACUGCAGUGCAUGUCCCACGGAGCAUACCACUAGAAUCCUGCUGUACUAUUGUGGAAAUAGAUAAUUUAAGGAUUCUUGUCAACUUUGGCACGGAAUAUGACUUAUCUUUAGAUAUUUAUUCUGAUCUGGAGUAUUUAAAGAGUAUAACACACAUUAUAUUGUGCUCUAGUGAUAUUUCUUCAUUGGGCGGCCUAAUUCAUCUGGAAUCGUUGGGAAUUGAUGUGCCUAUUUAUGGGACAGUCCCAAUAAAGAUUUUGGGUCGGAUAGAAAUACUAGAAAGAAUAAAGGUAUUAGAAAAGUUUCACUCUAUUGGUUCAUCGGAGGCCAAGCAAGACAAGGUAUUUGACAAAAUAAUUCCAUUGAAAUACACGCAGACAGUGGAGCUGUCGGAUGGAAUUUUUGUUGGGCCACUGAACAGCGGUAGUUCUGUUGGUGGGUCAGUGUGGAAAAUACGUAAAAAUGAGCAGGAGUGGCUAAUAUGUGACAAAGUAAACCACAGAAAAGAGGCACACUUAGAUGGUCUUGACACAUCAAAUAUUUCUAAGCCACUAGGAAUAGUAGUGAAUAGCACACAUGUAAUUAAAGAACAAAAUACUAGACGAAUGAGGGAUAAAGAGUUAGUAGACUGCAUUGUUAAGUGUAUAAAUAAUAAAGGAAAGGUGUUUAUACCAACAGGGUACUCCCAGUUGUUAGAGAUUGUCAUGACCCUUUAUAACCACAAGGAUACUCAAGAACUCACGAUGGCACUAUACUCUUUCUAUGGGAGUAAGUAUUUUGACAUGGUAAAAACCAUCCUAGAGUGGACAGGUAGCUCAAUUCUGCAGAAAUUCAACCAAGAAAAAGAGAAUCCAUUUAAUCUGCUCAAUUUAAAAUUCUACAAUGAGUGUGCAGACUGCGAAAUCCCUGAAGAUAUUAUAUUUGUGAUUGAUAGGCAUGGAAAUUCUGGAUUCUCUCCUGUUAUAUUACCAGGCAUAGCAAAAAAUCCGCAGAAUCUAAUUUUAAAAAUGUCUGACUCUCUCCAGUAUAAAGAGCGCGCAGGAGGCAGUACGAGGGCAGAAGAGGGCGGCAGCACAGAAGUAAAAAACUCCAAUGAUGCUUCUUUAUCUGAUGCGAUUUCGGAUGACAAAUCUAUUUCUAAAGAGGCAUCAAGCGAUUGCAACCAAGUCUCUAAGAAAGCUAGACAAUGCCAAUAUAGCCACACUAUCAUGCUGUCUCCAAUUAAGUAUGCUCGUCUUUCUACCACAGAAAUAGAAACAGAAUAUAAAAAGUCUAAAAAAGAACAAGAUGAACAAGAGGCACAGAAAAAAAUAGACAGCUUGGUAAAGCAAAAGAUCGAGGACUCCUCAGAGGAGGAGGAAGAUAGAAAGCAGAUAUUCAAUAGAUUCUGGCACGAAUUACAGGAUGAAAUAGAAACAAUGGAAGAAAAGAUAACCUAUCUUGAUUUUGAUAUCAAGUGCACUGGAAGCGAGCUUUUGUUCCCUAAUCCGGCAAAAAGAAAGCCAACAGACGAGUAUGGAGAGCCUGUGUCUAUUCAAAAAGACAAGGAAGAAGAAAAGGAAGUGGAGGUAAUUAUGAAGCCAGAAGUGAUACAAAAGAAGGCAUUUAGAAUUAGCAUUAGAAAAAAGCAAACAAUUGAAAUAUACGCCCAGAUAAAAACUCUUCUAUUUACAAGCGAGAGUGACAUAUUCAAUUUAAAGAUUGUUUUAUCUGGAAUAGGUUCAGAGAAGAUAGUUGUUUAUGGAGAGGAUCCAAUUCUUAGAAAGGUUCUUAAAGAGUACUUUACGUGUACAAAAACAUCCAUGCAGGUGCUUGAGCUAUUUGACCGGCAGAAACUUGAGGGAAUUCGGCACACAGUGCCAUUAAAAAUCAGAAAUGAUGCCUUGUCUCACAUACAGGUGCAGAAGCUGGGGAAUACUCUCAUAGGAUACUUUAAGGCAAAGGUCCAACCAGCAGAAAAAAUACCAAUUCUAGAAAUAGAUGGGAUGGAAAAUAUAGGCGAAAGCAUUUGUGUGGGAACAGCAAAACUUAGCGAGUUAAGACAGAUAUUUAUAGAUGAAAAGAUUAAAGCAGAUGUAGUGGAUAACAAACUCAUCAUAAGUGAUGAAAUAUCCAUAUACUUUGAUAAGCAGAAGCUUAUACUUGAAGGAGAUAUCUCUAAAGAACUGUAUCAGGUAAAGAAGAUUCUGUCCCAGAGCAUUGCUUGUCUUCAUUCUGAAUAAUAUUCGAUUAUAGAAGCUGUGAAUGGAAGGGGAGUACAUUGGAUAUUUUUUAUUCUAUGCUAGUUAGCAGUGAAAGUUGGCUAUAUUAUAUAUAGCAUACGCAGCCUAAUAGAAAUUAUACUAUCCAAAAACACUACUCAGUUGCCAAAUGCUUAAUAGAUUAUUUCUAUUCUAUUCCUAGCACACUCUUAUAUUCUGGUUCUUAGGUAUAACUAUUACAAUUAUCUAUUUGCUAAUGGUCAGCGCCAGAACAAAAAUGAAUUCUAUAGAAUAUUCAUGCUAUGUAUAAAAAUAAAUGUGGCCGU